UCCUGGUGGGGGACAGCGGCGUGGGCAAGACGUCCCUGCUCGUCCAGUUUGACCAGGGCAAGUUUCUGCCAGGCUCCUUCUCUGCCACUGUGGGCAUCGGAUUCACGGUGAUGUUACUGGGAGACUCGGGCGUGGGCAAGACCUGCCUCCUGAUCCGCUUCAAGGACGGGGCCUUCCUCUCCGGGACCUUCAUAGCCACCGUGGGCAUAGAUUUCCGGAACAAAGUGGUGGCCGUGGACGGAGUGAAAGUGAAGCUGCAGAUCUGGGACACGGCGGGCCAGGAGCGCUUCCGCAGCGUCACCCACGCCUACUACCGGGAUGCCCAAGCCCUGCUCCUGCUCUACGACAUCACCAGCAAGCUCUCCUUCGACAACAUCCGCGCCUGGCUCACGGAGAUCCACGAGUACGCGCAGAAGGACGUGGUCAUCAUGCUGCUGGGCAAUAAGGCCGACGUGAGUGGUGAGAGGGCCGUCAGGACGGAGGAUGGAGCAUCGCUGGCCAGGGAGUAUGGGGUGCCCUUCCUGGAGACCAGCGCCAAGACAGGCAUGAACGUGGAGCUGGCGUUUCUGGCCGUGGCCAGGGAGCUCAAGCAGCGAGCGCUGCAGCAGGAGGAGCAGCCCCCCUUCCACAUCCACGACUACGUGGAGCCAGGGGAGGAUCCAUCCCUGCUCUGUCCACUGGGACAGUGGGAGCGGAUUGAGAGCCCUCGGGAUCGUCACGUGCGCUAG